UUCCUGCUUGUUUCACUUUCAGCUGACUUGUGUUUACAAAAUAUAAAAAAGUUUACGUGACAUUUGUUCAGUAAAAGAUGAAGUUUUUAUCAAUGGUUUAACUUGAAUUAGAAUGCAAUCCUCGGGUCUAAGUCAUACGCCGUACCCUUAUUUGUUAUGACAAAAGUUUUUUGAACUGCAGUUCUAGUCCCUAGUCUAGACAAGCACUUGUAAAAUGGAAUCUCAUGAUCAAGUACCACCACCUGAUCGCAAUGCUGAACCAAAAGACAGGUUGAAUAUUGUUUACAUUAUAUUUUAUGUUUUGGGAAUUGGUUCAUUGUUGCCAUGGAAUUUCUUCAUAACAGCCAAAGAUUACUUUGAAUUUAAGUUACGUAACACCUCUGUACCAGAAAAAGAUUACAAAGAUACAAGAUUCCAAACAGAGUAUCAGCUGAUCUUUGAGAGCUCUAUUGCUGUAGCCUCCAUGGUUCCUAAUCUUAUAUUUAAUUUUGUCACUGCAUUAUGUACUCAGCGGCUACCUUUAAAGUUUAGAAUGACUGUCUCUACGAUGAUUGUUCUUAUAAUGUUUAUAUUAACAGUCAUAUUUGCUAAGGACAAGAACACAAUACAUUGGCAAUCUGGAUUUUAUGCCUUUACUAUAGUCUCUGUUGUCAUAUUAAAUGCCUGUAGUUCAGUAUUUACAACGUCUUUGUUUGGAUUAGCUGGUGUAUUACCACACAGAUACAUGCAAGCCAGCAUGAGUGGACAGGCUGUAGGAGGUAUAUUUGCUGCUGUAGCCAAUUUAAUAACGAUAGCUGUAGGGACUGAUGUAUCUGAAAGUGCAUUCAUCUUCUUUUUAAUAGCCACAGGAUGGACUCUUAUAACAAUGCUAGGAUAUUUAUCCCUUUAUAGUAAUGAAUUUUCAAGAUAUUAUUUAAAUAAACAAGCAAAUAAAGCCACUGAAACUGUGACAGUUGGGGGAGACAAAUCUGUAAAUAAUUCAUAUAGUUAUGAAGACGAAAAUGAGAAAGAGCCUCUUAUUAAAGAUGAUGUCAUUAGUGAAAGUGUAGAAUUAAAGCCUUUCUCUUAUCACCAUGAUGUAUUUAAAAAGAUCUGGGUGGAGGGAAUUAGUGUAUGUUUGGUAUUCCUAGUGACACUAGCCUGUUUUCCUGCCCUGGCAUCAAGUAUACAGUCAUGCAAUAGUGGGGACUGGAGAUUAAAAUAUUUCACUCCUGUUAUCUGUUUCCUGUUAUACAAUGUUGGAGAUUGGACAGGAAGAUCUUUUACUGGAAUUGUUCAUUUUCCUCGGCCAAACCAGACGAAGUUGAUGUUAACAUUGUCUGUAAUACGUUUCGUGUUUAUACCUCUAUUGAUGUUCUGCAAUGUAAUGCCGAGACAUAAUACAACACUUGUGUUCAGUAGUGAUAUGUAUCCACUUGUGUUCAUCAUACUGCUGGGCAUUUCUAAUGGUUAUCUAAGUACACUGUGUGUUAUGUAUGGUCCCAAGAAGGUAUUCCCUCAGUAUGCAGAGUUUACAGGAGCUACAAUGUCUGUUUGUAUGACUGUUGGGUUAGCAUUGGGAUCAUUGUUUGGACUGUUACUAGUGAAAAUAGUGUAAAGUCUCCUGUGUUAAGUCAUGUGUCAAAUGUUUGUCUUGUUUUUUUUUAAAUGGUUUUCAUCAUUUGUCAAGCAUUUGGCACAUAUGACAAACAUUUUCCAUUGUGUGUCAAACAUUUGUUCUUGGUCUGUCAAGCAUUCUUAUAAAUUAUGUCCGGAAAUGAUUUGUACGAUGAUUUGGACAGUAGACAAACUGCAAUCAGGUCAUCUUUUCUUAACUGAAGAGGCUAUAAAGUCUUAGAGAUAUUUAAGCAUAAAGAAUGCAUGGUAUUAAGUUUACUUGUAUGUACCAGCAAAAAAAGGCAUCUUAUAUGAGUAAAGUUUAGUGUAGUGAUCAUUUUUAAAUUAAGUGCUUCCUUGAAUUAUAUAAAUAUUUACAUUUCUGACCUUUUUAUAUGGCUUUUAGAACGAAUAAUAACCAUCUCUAUAGGGAGGUAGACUAACUGGAGUCUCCAUAAAAAGCAAAUUGGAAAUUGUUGAAAAUGUUGGUGACUUGCACAUACGAACUGACUAACAAAUCAUGUGGUAUGAAAAAUAAUUUGACCAGGCCUUUAGCACUGGUGUAGUCAUAUUACCAUUUGUUUAAGUUAAUUUCUUAAUCAUAGAUGUAAUAAUUCAAGUUUUUAUUCUGCCAAUAGCUCAACUAAAUACUCAGGUUGUUUUGGUGUGUACUUUUAUAGUUUGAAUUUAUGUAAUAAUUACAAAAAUGUAUAAAUUAUAAAAUAUACAUCAUCUGAGGGUGCUUAUCUGAUUGGGUAUAUCUAAUUAACACCAUGAUAUUAUAGUUAAUGCACAAUGAUAGCAUUCAAUAAUAUAGAUGCGAGGUCUCCCUGGAAUUGAUCUUAUUUAAGGGUUAAGCAUGAUGAUAAAUGCAGAAUAUCCUAAAGCAUUUAUUUGCAUCAAAUUAAGAUAUUUAAUAGAUCUGAUAUCAUAUAUCACAGCUUUCUCUAUGUUAUCUAAAAGAAAUAUAUUUUGGUUUUCUCAAAGUUUGGGUUACCAUAUGACAUAUUCUCAUGUAUUACCCAUUAGAUAUUAAUUUAACAGCAUCAAGAUAGAUGCUUGCUCAAGCUUAUCAAAAUUAAGUGUCAUUUGUUUGGUACUUUUCAUACUCAAACUUAAUUUUUAUUUUGUUAUUAUAAUUAUUAUUAUUUUCUUCUACUUUAUAAUAUCCUACCAUUUUUUUGUUUUGGUUGAAAGAUCUCUGAGGUUUAUAAAAUACAAACCUUACAUAUAUACAAACUAUUUUUUGCAAAAGGAGACAACUCUUGAAAAUUCUUUAUUAAGGGGACAAAUUUAGCAAAUUCAUAGUUUCAGAAUCUAAUGCAUGCUGGGUAAAUUUGCAAAAACCUACCAAGAGUGUGUGAUGAGUUCAUGACAUACUGAACAAAAGAUAUCAAACUAAAAGUGUGUUGAUGUUGAUAUUUACAUUUUUGUAUGGAACAGUGGAAUUACCGAAAAGCCCUUUGGUUUCUUAAAUCGCAAAAUUUGUCUUCCUUUUAAAGAAAUUGCCUGAACUACAAUUAUAGUUUUCAUAACAAGUCAGAAUUUGAUAUCUCUUAAUAUCAACUCGAGUUUUUUAAUUUCAAUAUAAUAAUAAAGAGCCUCUGGUGAGUUUAUUUAUGAUUAAUAUCUAAAUUGAAUAACGAGAGUUGAUAUCAAGCGAUAUCCAAUUCUCACAAGUUGUUAAACCUAUUUUUCUUAUGGUCAACACUCUCGUUGUAUUUAAUUAAAAAUUCCACAAAUAGUUGAUCUAGUCUCUUGCACAUUCAAGUAUGACGUCAUAUGUCCUGCUCCAGUGUCAAACCUUAACAUCUGACAUUUUAAAACUUCAGAAUGUUAUAAAAUUUGACAAAAUGAAGAAUUUCUGUUGAAAAGUGUGAGUGUUUAAUUUAAUUUUGAAGAAAUCACAUAUUUCUGUUGCCAUGGACGAAAUAUACAUUGUCUUAACCUUUGCAAGUCAUCAAUGACCAAACGAAUAGCCAAUGGAAAUAUCGUAAUAUUGUCUCAUAAUGUUUGAUAAGCCAAUCAAAUUAAUGCAUAUUUUCGUAUCACUUUUUAGUUUCACACUCCCUACAGUGUGAUACGAGAAAUAUCUCUUCAUGCAAGAAAUAGAUAACAAGCCACAACUAUAAGAGAAAACUAUAAAGAGUAUGUUUCUUCUUAUAUAAUUACUGUAUAUUUCAUAGAUCUGUGAUAUAGUCAUCUGCCAAUAUAUUUAUAAUAAAAAAAGAUGUUAAUGAUUUUAAACUGAAUGAAUCAAGGUGAAAUUAGCUUUAGAAUUAUGUUGUUUGUUAUUACUGAUUUGUCGACACUACAAUAUAUCAAUAUAAAAUUGGGGUUUAAGUAAACUGUAAAUAUACUAAAAAUGAAAAUCCUCAUUCAUUUAAAGCCAUAUACAAACUGUAUUACAUAUGUAGACCUAAAUUAAUUGACAACUGACAUGCUUCUUGUCAUAUGGUUUUGUGAUUGUCCUGUCAUGUGAUAGCCCAUGUGGUUAUUUCCUGUCAUUUGUCAGCACUGGUGGUACUUAUCUUGUGAUUUUUAACAAAGAAGCAAACUUUAGUAUUAUAAACAAAGUACACAGUAAAAUAAUUAAGUUGUAAUUGAACAUUUAUUCCCCUGUUUAUUGUAUUUUCCUGCUCUUUAUGUAAUCUGAAGAUUUGUCCACAUAUACUUUCCAGAUUUAUAUCAGCAUGCUGAAUUUGUAUUUUCAAUUUAGAUUUAUAAUAAAAUGUUAUAUGUUUAUAA